UUGACGUUCGGUACGAGAUGCAAAUCAGAGUGUCGGGACGCGAGCCAAUACCAUAGGUUUAGCGUCAGAGACACAGCGAACUUCAAGAUGACAAUCUAAACUGUGAGCCACAGCUCAAUGCCCUUACUUAGGGGACCACAAUCGUGUCCCCCGAGCGCAUUUCCAUCGUCCGGGAAUGUAUGGUUCAAAACCGGUUCAGAAAAGAGGACCGGACGGAGCAACGCAAGAUGAGGGCAUUGCGCCGGCUCCGAUGCCCUCCGGCGCGGACUGGGUUACGGCUAGCCAAGCAUCUCGGCCCACAUUGUGCAAAUCAAACAAAUCAUCCUGUCGUCAACUCGCAAGCUGCUUCUCCUCAGAGAUAGGGUCAAACACAUCCACGCACAGGCGAGCUGACCAUAGUCAGCAAACCUGUCGCCUUCGGCUUCGGAAGGAGCGCACGUCGCCUCGAUUCCCGCUCGCUGUUGUGGAAGAGGACCCCGCGAUGGGUCCUUUUCCCAUUCUCAGGAGACCGUGGAGCAUCUCUCCACACCCCAGAGCGGCCCCGAAACUAGACAAUCUGCGUCGGGUCGCUUUCCGGACGGUUUCGUUGGUGCUCGCUACCCUUCAUCGCGAUGGACUUCUGCCCCAAAUUUGGGUCGAGUGGGGAGCUUGCGCUGUGGCUGCCUCAACUCGGGCAGGCGUGACCCUGAUGAAAUCUGUCAGUAGAUUAGCUGCGUACGCAGAAGACUGCCUCGGCAUGCCUGCUCGCGCAGAAACGCCGCCCAGGCAAAGCUGCUUGCGCAGGAUUCCGCUCAAGCAGAGCCGCCCACGUGAAAACGAGCUCAAGCAAAGCCGCACACGCGGGAGUCUGCUUGAGCAGGUUCCCUACGAGAGUGGCCUGACCUGUAUGGAAACUAGAAGCGUUCAUUGAUCUUCCUAUUAGCUGAUUAUGACUGCGUUAGCUCGUGAGUUGUAAGGGAGGACUCGGUAAUCAGGCUCGAGGAACGUAAGCUUAGGCGCUGAUUCGUGCGUUGUGAGAUGCUUUGCCGUUCGUCUGAACGCAUUGCUCGAUCCC